AUGUCCGCACCACUCACGGAAGAAAAAGUCGCGCACGACAAAUCCCCUGAUAGCGGGAGUAACACGCCCUCUUUCUCCGAUGAAUCAAUCGACAAUCCCACGGGCAUUAGCGAAAAGGCUUUGUUAAGGAAAUUGGAUUACAAACUUCUGCCCGGACUGACGUUGCUUUAUUUGUUGAGUUUUUUGGAUAGGAGUAAUAUUGGAAAUGCGAGAUUAGAAGGAUUGACGGAUGAUCUUCAUAUCACGGGCAAUCAGUAUCUUUUUACGUUGACGGUUUAUUUUAUUGGUUAUGUUCUUUUUGAGAUUCCGUGUAAUAUUGUGUUGAAGAGGACGACGCCUAAAUUAUGGCUUCCAACCUUGAUGCUCGCUUGGGGCGUAGUCGCAACCCUCAUGGGACUCUGCCAUAACUUGGGAGGCUUCAUCGCAGCGCGCUUCUUUCUCGGUGUAACAGAGAGUGGUCUUUUCCCAGGUGUGGUUUUCUAUCUCUCCAUGUGGUAUAAAAGAACAGAAACACAUUACCGGGUGGCACUAUUCUUCUCCGCCGCCUCCCUUGCCGGAGCCUUUGGUGGCAUUCUAGCCUUUGGAAUUGGAAAGAUGAAGGGAGUUGCAGGCUUAGCUGGCUGGAGAUGGAUUUUCAUCUUAGAAGGAAUCCUCACCGUCAUCGUAGCCCUAACAGCCUACCUCUUCAUCCACAACUACCCCUCCACAGCCCCCUUCCUGACCGAACCCGAACGCACCCUCAUCCACGCCCGCCUCGCCCACGACACCGACGCCACCAACGACGAAAAAUUCGCCUGGUCCAACGUCCGCGCCGCCCUCGCCGACUACAAAUGCUGGAUGUACGGUUUCGGCUUCCACACCAUGUCUUUGCCGCUCUACACACUCUCCCUCUUCCUCCCCACCAUCAUCAAAGAACUCGGCUACAAAGCCGCCGAGGCACAACUCCUCACCGUGCCUCCCUACGCCGUCGCUACGAUCCUGACGCUGCUCGUCGCUGUGGCGUCCGAGAAAACGAAGAAGAGAGCCCCGUUUAUCCUGGCGUCCACUUCGUUGGCUAUUAUAGGCUAUAUAAUCCUCCUCACAGCUCCACGCUCCAAACCAGGCGUUUCGUACGUCGGUACCAUCUUCGCAGCCGCUGGCAUCUAUCCUUCCACCGCGAUCGUAUUAUCCUGGCCCGCUGCCAAUGUGUCAGGACAGUCCAAACGCGCUACAGCGACGGCGAUGACGAUCACGAUUGGGAAUCUAGGUGCGGUGCUAGGCACGCAGUUGUAUCGGCCAAAGACGAGUCCGCGGUGGUAUCUGGGACAUGGCUUUGCGUUGGGGUAUUUGGUGUUUAAUUUGAUUAAUACGGCGGCGCUUUGGGGGUUGUUGGAGAGGGAGAAUAGGGGGAAGAGGGUUAGGAUUGAGCAAGGGGAGAGGUCUGAGGGGGGAAUUGUGAGUGAUGAGGAUGUGAGGUUUUUGUUUCAGACGUAA